AAAAGCCUUGGAAUGGAUGACAAAGUGAACAUUGACAACAUCAUAGAACGUCUGUUGGACGACAGAACGAAACCCGGCAAGAUUCAUCUGACAGAAAAUGAAAUCCGCCAUCUUAUCAGCAAAUCACGUGAAAUAAUUCUCUCACAACCGAUGCUGCUGGAGUUGGCCGCACCGUUGAAGAUCUGCGGCGACACCCACGGUCAGUUCCACGACCUUCUGCGGCUCUUCAAAACAGGAGGAUUCCCCCCCAGCGUCACCUACUUGUUCCUCGGCGACUAUGUGGAUAGAGGGAAGCAAUCCAUCGAGACGAUAAGUCUACUGAUGUGCUACAAGAUCAAGAACCCCAUGACCUUCUUCCUCCUCAGGGGAAACCACGAGAGCGCCAGCAUCAACAGAAUCUACGGGUUCUACGACGAGUGCAAAAGAAGAUACAGCAUCAAGUUGUGGAAGUUCUUCUGCGAGUUGUUCAAUUGUCUCCCAGCUGCUGCUGUGGUCGAUGAUAAGAUAUUCUGUUGUCACGGAGGUAUAAGUCCGGAUUUGAAUAGUCUUGAUCAGAUACGACAUAUUAGCAGACCAACAGACGUUCCUGAUCAGGGUCUACUUUGCGACCUCCUAUGGUCCGACCCGUCUGAGGACGUCGUAGGUUGGGGGGAGAACGAUAGAGGAGUGUCUUUCACAUUCGGGAGAGACGCCGUCUCCAGGUUUUUGAUCAAGUUUGACUUAGAUUUGAUAGUGCGUGCUCACCAGGUAGUGGAGGAUGGAUACGAGUUCUUCGGCAAUAGACAACUUGUGACGGUAUUUUCUGCACCCAACUACUGCGGAGAGUUUGACAACGCAGGAGCGAUGAUGGCUGUUGACGCCAAUCUAUUGUGUUCUUUUCAGGUGUUGAAACCGAAUGAACCUAGACAAUCUACGGGGUUUUUGAAGUUUCCCAAAGGGUUUAUGGGACCUCAUCGAUAUUCUAUGGCUUCUGAGACUAAAGCUAAAAAGUAAAUUUUCUUA